GUGGUUUUAUCAAGUAUGGAAGUUGUGGCCCAGUCAAUGGGAUUUAAGACGCAUAAUCACAACUUUAAGAUGAGAAUAGAGGGUGUCUCAGCAAAUAAAACAUCUUUUUUCUCGGUUAUUCUGGAGGUUUUUGAGGUGGCUCCCACAUUUUAUAUGGUGGACAUUCAGAAAGCAGCUGGAGAUGCUGGCAAAUAUCUCAAUGUCAGUUUUCCGAAACCUCAUUAUGUUGAUUGCUUUAAUUCAAUUUAAUUCAUGA